AUGCAGCUUCUCGCGCAGCAUGCGCCCACGUCAUCCACAUCAUCUUCAGGCUCGCUGGCAACCGUUGACACGACGCAGCCGACCCCCUCGCGCGUCUUUUACUCAUCCGCGCAAUGGACAGCCGACGGCACUACCAUUCUAGUUGCCUCCUCUGACAAUUCCGUGUCGUCCUUUGUUGUUCCUGCAGAUCUGCUGCAGACAUCUACCUGUCCGCAGCAGUUGGAGCCACGAGCCGUCACAAGGCUCCCCGAACCCACCCAGGUCGUAGCGCCUGCUCCAUUCUUCUCUCUUGAAGCUGCCUCAACCCAGGCAUUCCUGGUCGCCUGUCGUGACCACCCCUUGCACCUAUAUCACGCAUUUCCCGGAGCCCACGCUCCUGCGCCCAUUGGCCAGUACAAGUUGAUCAAGCACGAAACCGAGCAAUACCUUACCCCUUCAUCGCUGGUGUGGCAGUAUCCUGGCACGCAUUUCAUAUGCGGUUCCGCCAAUCGGCUGGAUUAUUUCGACGUAUCAAGACAUGGCUCGGACGGACCCGUCCUAACAGUGCCCACUAUUCCAUCCAGACGACAUGUAUCCAAAGGUCAUGGCAUAGGCAUGAAGGGGACUGUUUCAGCUCUGGCUGUUUCUCCUCCCGAUUCCAACGGGAGCAGCCUUCUUGCCGCCGGCACAUGGACGCGUUGGAUGGGCUUGUACGAUCUCCACCGCUCGGAUGGGGCCGUGGCAAACUGGAAGAUAGCCCAGGCAGAUAUCCCCGGAUCGUGCUCCGGGUCUCAUGGCCAAGGUAUCGUGCAGGUCCUGUGGAGUCCGUGUGGGAGAUAUCUUGUCGUCAACGAACGUCAUGCCGACGCUGUAUUGGUCUAUGACAUCCGGGGAUCAGGAAAACUGUUGAGUGUGUUGACCGGCCGAACCGCCGGCACGCAGCAGAGGCUUCAUGGUGAUGUUUUCAAUGGAUGUCAUGAUGGCUUUGAAGUAUGGGCAGGCUCCGAGGACGGGGCGGUUUUGGUCUGGGAAAAGGUUGGCUUGACUGCUGCAGAAACACCACCAUCAUGGAGCUGGAAGCCCCACAGUUCUCCCGUCUGUUCCACCAUCCUGCAUGGCAGCGGCUCGGUGGUGGCAACAUGCUCUGGGGGCUGGGAACAUGCUGGUGUUGACCAGAGUGUUGACCCUUCGAUGGCUGUGCCCGGACGCUCGCAGGGAUGCCGAGUGCUUGACGAAUCCAGCCUGAAGCUCUGGUUCCUAGACGAGCCGCCAGCUGGCUGA